CUACAUACAAGAUCAUCUCACCGUUCGGCAACCCAUUUCGAUUGGCUUGCCAGACCUCAGGAAACAGCGGCUCUCGGAUCGCUCUUGUCCGGGAUAUUUGCGGUUUAUUGCUUUUGGGACAUCCAUUUCGGUCUGUCAUUGGUAUCGAUGGCCUCCAUGUCGGCUUCACCAGCGUCGGCAGCGAAGCCUCUUUUCGCUCAGAUUGCCGCCGCUGGCCUGAAAUCACCUUCUGCUUCUUCAUCUCAAUCGCAGAUUCAACAGACAAGUAAUAGCACAUUGCCUAAGAAUGAACAGAUUUCUCAAUCCACUUCCAAAGAAAGCGCGUCCAUGACGGAAAACGACAAAACCCGGGCUUUGACAAGUACUACUACCGCCGAAAAAUUACCAGCUGCAUCGAAAGAGAACGCGCUUGAAGCAAGUCAUGCAGAUGGACCACAGGUCAUUGUACAUAAUGUUGAUGCUUUGGGAAAACAGUCGGACCAGACACUUUCCCGUCGAUCUACAGCGCCCAUAUCCUCGGACGAAGUGGCCACACAAACCUCAUCAUCUGAUGGCUCCAUGAAACCGCAAAGCCUCGACGGCAAGAGCGUCACAUCUGGUGCCACAUUUGCUCUGGAUGAGAAGGAGUCACUUCGCCCCGACGACAGCGCUAGUGUUCAAGCGAUCGAGGACGAGGAUGUUUUCUCACCACUUGGUUCCGGCAUUGCGGCGUCUCGACCGGGCUCAGACUUCGGCGCCAGCGCGUUCCGGCAUCAGCUUCGAGAGAUUUCCGCUAUGGAUUCGCCAAGGCAUAACGGGGUGCCAGUGGUCUACUCAGCAGCAGCAGCACCAAAGGGAGUUUUAUACGUGCCACCACAGGGUCCUGGCGCUGGUAGCCUGCCAGCAGUCGCACGACUCGUUCCUGUGCCAAUCCCUGCAACUGAGAUUAUGCCUGAUCCCAAGCUAUUGGAAGCCCUCGACAAUCCGCGAGACAGAGUCUGGGUGUUGAAGUUAGAGCAGGAUGUGAUCGAUUUCGUCAAAGAUGCAGCAGAGACGUCGCUCAACCUGCCUCAAUGCAAUUCGUUUUAUCGCAUGCUUGCUCAUAAAAUGGCCGACUACUACAUGCUCGGUCAUGUUGUUGAUGAUUCUUCAGCUGUCCGUUUAUUCAAGACGCCGAAUUGCCGAAUUCCACCGGGACUCACUGGAAUCACGACACCCUCGACUGCAGCUAGUACGCCACCUCCGUCAGCUCCGUUAAGGAAGAUUCUCCGUCGAGGAGAUCCGGAUGGGCUUGGGAACGGAGCCCCGCUUUGGAGCAAUGCUGAGAAUGGAGAGGCCAAUCCAGAAGAGAAGCCGAAACCGGUCUCACGCGAGGAGAGAGAAGCAAGAUAUGAAGCGGCACGUCUACGCAUCAUGGGCUCUGCAAAACCUUCGGAUUCCCCCGAGGUUCCCAAAGAGAAGCAAGAUUCGCGGUCUAGCUCUGCAACUGGGAAGAAAGGCAAGAAGAAAGCCCGCAACGAUAGUGACGAUGAUUUUGAAGCACGCUCCGCCUACAGCAACUACUUUGCUGGUCCUAUGAGCCUUCGCACAGACGGCAUUGACAUGUCUGUCGAAUGUCAACAGUUUUCGCCUGUAGCUUAUCACCAACAAAAUUCGAACGGGUCUUCCUUUGCCAUACCUGGCCAAGUGUCAAAUGGUCAGUGGAGUCAACAAGCCUACCAACACAACGAUCAGUCACAGUCCUGGUCGCAAGGCCAACAGCAGCAUCCAUAUGACCUUGCUGCAGAAUUCCAGCGAUAUAUGCCAUUCCAGAACUCUACGCAACAAGGAAACAGCCAGAAUGCUGGCUUCUCGCCAGGCGGUGGACAGCAGUACUUCGAAUCACAAGUGCCAUGGUCACAGCCUCAAUAUCAAUCCCAAGCUCAAACAUCACCGGCGCAAUAUGGGCCUGGCACGAGCUAUAUGCCAUCUCCUACUCAGACGCAAGAAGCCCAGCAUUCCUACGCGUUCGGUCAGCUACCCAGUCAGGCAUUCCCAGGACGUACGCCAAAUAGGCUCGAGCAUCCACUUCCUGGUAGCUAUAAAAGUCGUCAUUUUAACCCGCAGAGCCAGACAUUUGUACCUGGACAUACGAACGGCAACAAUGUACGCCCCUUCACUCCUCAGGGGCCACCGCCCUCUUCCGGAGGCAAUGCCGGAUUUUCAUCACCAUUUCAUCCACAGCUCCAACGUCAAAAUUCGACGCCAUCACAAGCUUCAGUGUAUAAUGGCCAACAGUUUGUGAAUCACUCCUCGCCAACAAGCAGCGCACGCCCGCAAAGUCGACAAUUAACCCAUCCGCUGCCUCAACGCGUGCUUGCGCGCCAGUCUUCUCCCGGCAUGGCCCCGCUGCCUCCUAAGCCUGGCUCGAUACCAGCAAAACCGCUCAGCGAGCAUUAUCGCCCACCUAUGGCAUCUCCCUCGUUGUAUCAUAACCAGAACCCACUACAGGGCAGCAGCGUAUCUCUACAGAGUCCUUCUGGACCGAGUCUUCCUCAACAGCAGCAGCAGCAACAACAACAACACAGUGUCAUUGCCAUGUAUGGCUCGCCUUCGUCACUUCCGCCCAAACCGCCGCCGUCCCACGUUCCGCUCGUUGGGAGUACGGGAUCAGGUGGACCUCUCGACCUAUUCGACCCCUCAAAGCUGCCUCUGAAUAAGCGGCCAUCGUUUGGAACAGCGCCACCAAUCAUGACGAGCCGUCAAUCGCUCAGCGGCAGCAGCAACGGUCCAAAUUCGAAUGUUGGAGUCUCUGGGGGAUAUCAAAGAGUUCCGGGUCCCUCAUACCAGCAGCCACCACCCGGGAUGUGAGUUGAGGAUCUAAAUCGACAAUGAGGUGAUGCCGGAUUUGAGCUCAAAUCAGAUACGUUCGUGAGACUAGCCGAAAAUAGAGCUUUGUAGAAUUUCACACUUUGCACGAGUCGAUACAC